AUGUCCUACUCAAUCACCGUACGCGUCUACCAGACCAACACGAAUACUUACUUUCACCCUGUGGAAAGAACCGUGUUUAGGAACGGCACCUGGAGCGAAACCAAUACUGCGUACGUCCUCCACAUGGGUGCCAGCGGUACCGCCGGCUCGCUUCGCUUCCUUGCCGACAGCGGGGAGAGCUUCAUCGUCACCCUUGGCGUACACAACCACAAGCCAUGGGGCGACAUUGUGACCAAGCUGGACCCUGCCUCUCAGACUGGUGUCGUCAUCACCCCGGAGUACUACGAGGCAGAAUGGGGCGGCACGCAAAACAAGGAGCGCGUCGAUGUGCGAUGGAAGACGCUUUCUUCGUAUGAAGUCACUCGCGACGGGCGAAAGUACUCUUUCAAUUACACGGUUACUGAUGGAAAGGACCUCAAGGUCAACGUCGUCGUUGGUUAG